AUGCCCAACCCCAGGCCAGCCAAGCCCUUGGCCCCUUCCUUGGUACUCAGCCCAUCCCCAGGAGCCUCGCCCGGCUGGAGGGCUGCACCCAAGGCCUCAGACCAGCUGGGAGCCAAGGGCCCGGGGACAACCUUCCAGGGCCGGGACCUCCGAGGUGGGGCUCACGCCUCCUCUUCCUCCUUGAACCCCAUGCCACCAUCGCAGCUGCAGCUGCCCACAGUGCCCCUCGUCAUGGUGGCACCCUCUGGAGCACGGCUGGGUCCCUCGCCCCACUUGCAGGCACUCCUCCAGGACAGGCCACACUUUGUGCACCAGCUCUCAACGGUGGAUGCCCAUGCCCGGACCCCUGUGCUGCAGGUGCGCCCACUGGACAGCCCAGCUAUGAUCAGCCUCCCGCCACCCACUGCUGCUACGGGGGUCUUCUCCCUCAAGGCCCGGCCCGGCCUGCCACCUGGGAUCAACGUGGCCAGCCUGGAAUGGGUGUCCAGGGAGCCAGCACUGCUCUGCACCUUCCCAAGCCCCGGUGUGCCCAGGAAGGACAGCACCCUUUCAACCAUGCCCCAGGGCUCCUACUCACUGCUAGCAAAUGGUGUCUGCAAGUGGCCCGGAUGUGAGAAGGUCUUCGAGGAGCCAGAGGACUUCCUCAAGCACUGCCAGGCAGACCAUCUCCUGGAUGAGAAGGGCAGGGCGCAGUGUCUCCUCCAGAGGGAGGUGGUGCAGUCUCUGGAGCAACAGCUGGUGCUGGAGAAGGAGAAGCUGGGUGCUAUGCAAGCCCACCUGGCUGGGAAGAUGGUCCCAACCAAGGCUCCAUCCACGGCAUCAUCCGACAAGGGCUCCUGCUGUAUCGUAGCCACUGGCACCCCGGGCACCACUGUCCCAGCCUGGCCGGGUCCCCAAGAGGCCCCUGAAGGCCUGUUUGCUGUGCGGAGGCACCUCUGGGGCAGCCAUGCAAACAGCACGAUCCCAGAGUUCUUCCACAACAUGGACUACUUCAAGUUCCACAACAUGCGGCCCCCUUUCACCUAUGCCACCCUCAUCCGCUGGGCCAUCCUGGAGGCUCCCGAGAAGCAGCGGACACUCAACGAGAUCUAUCACUGGUUCACACGCAUGUUCGCCUUCUUCAGAAACCACCCUGCCACCUGGAAGAACGCCAUCCGCCACAACCUGAGCCUGCACAAGUGCUUCGUGCGCGUGGAGAGCGAGAAGGGGGCCGUGUGGACCGUGGAUGAGUUUGAGUUCCGCAAGAAGAGGAGCCAGAGGCCCAGCAGGUGUUCCAACCCCACACCCGGCUCCUGA